GUGAACAUCCUCCCUCAGCCCUGGGGAGAAGCAGUCUGACCCAGAAUCCCCACGUGACACUCACCCCACUUGUGCAAGCCCCCAGGGCUCUGUCAGGGCCUCCUCUCCGGCUGUGGCACUCAGCAGGCCUCCUCUCCCCAGAGGAGACCAGCCAUGAGGUGGGUCCUGGUGGCACUGCUGCUACUGCCUGCAGGAGUCCUGACAGCUGACGGAAACUUUGGGAUGAAGCAGCCGAAACACCUCUCUGCCAUUGUGGGAGGCUCCAUCGAAAUCCCCUUCAGCUUCUUCCACCCCUGGGAGCUGCCCCGGAAUCCCAAGGUGAAGCUGUUUUGGAGAUGGAUGUGGUUCCACGGGGAGUUCAUCUACAACACGACCCCACCUUUCAUCCAUAAGCAUUUCAAGGACCGGCUGGUCCUGAACUUCACAAAGGACAGGACCUCAGGCUCCUUGUCCAUUUUGAACCUUCGGAAGGAGGACGAGAACAUGUACUUCUGCCGCAUCCAUCUGAAGACAAAGGAAAUGGGUGAGCAGCAGUGGCAGUCCAUCAAAGGGACCAACCUCACCAUCACUGAAGCCAUCAAGACCACCACCCAGAUGAAGACCACCACUGAGAGAAGCACCAGUGUAGCCUCUGAAGUUACCUCAGCUGGCUUCACAGUCUCAGAGUCUCAGCCCCUGAGUCUCGGAGCCAUUGUUGGGGUGGCAGUGGCAACAGCUAUGCUCAUAACUGGGGUGCUAGUACUGAUGGCCUUUCUCAGGUGGAGAAGGAAAGGACAGACAACUACGGCUCAAACCCCAGCAGGGGAAGUCUCUCAAAACACUGAAGAGAAAUAUGAAAAUAUUGCCUAUGAAAGACAACAUACAGAGCCCCAACAGAGCCCCAAGAAUGAGAGCACUGUCUAUGCCGUCCUCACCCUCUCCAACUCCUCACCGAGAAUGCCUUCUGGCCCUCCGCUCCAUGGAAACACCCAGGAGGAGAUGACCCUGUACUCUGUCCUAAAGACCAAAUGAGUGAGCCUUAAGAGUCCUUCACUUUUAAUAGCAAAAUUCACAGCUCCCAAUGAUCAAGGCCAGAGGCAGACAACUCACAAGUCAGACAGUUUGAAGGCCAUAUAGGAAAUGAAGUAACCAUUUGAUCCAGUUUUCACUUCAAUUUCCUAAUCCUGCCAAAAUAAAAUACCCUCAGAAUACCCAAAUGACUUCUCUAAGAGAAAAAUGGGCAGGACCUUCUAUUUCUGUUCCUUUUCCUAAAAAUAAACAGCAUUGUUGAAUUCAUAACUUUUGGGAAAGGAUGAUACAUACCAUAUGAUAUCAGUUAUCGAAAAGGGAUUAGUGUGUGUCUAUGGAGGAUCUAGACAGUCAUGUCCAACUGAAUUGUUUGUGGGACUAAUAUUUGGUUCUUUGCUUAUAUGUUUUCUGUAAUUCACAUGUUAAAUAAAGGUUAUUUUUAAA